AUUUAUAAUAAACGUUUUACAUAUAUUUACAAGGAAAUAUAAAGCGAGCGCGGCGGAGUGCGGGAAUGGUCACUUUAUUUCCGCGAUCUCCAGGUCUCAGAUCUCAGGAAUUUACGAUGCAAGCGGAGAAACGUGAUACUGACACCGAGAAAAACGAGACUCUCAAUGAUGUGACGACUUCGGUCGCGAACGAGGUAACAAAUUUGAAGAUGGAAGACGGUUCGACGAGUUCGACGCCAAGCAGUCCUGGUAGCGCUGAACCGGGUAGCUUUUUAGCGAGUUUUAAAGCGUUCUCCAAAUUUGGCGAUCCAAAGAGCGAUGGCAAACUAAUUACGUUAAGUCAAAGUGACAAAUGGAUGAAGCAAGCAAAGGUGAUCGAUGGAAAGAAAAUUACUACCACGGAUACAGGGAUUUACUUCAAGAAGCACAAAUCCACAAAGCUUGGUGUUGAACAAUAUAAAACGUUUCUCGAAGAAUUGGCCAAAAGUAAAAAAGUGGACGUAGCGGAAAUGAAAAAGAAGAUGGCUAGUUGUGGACCACCUGGGGUUACCGCGGGUGCUAGCGGAGCUGGGAAAGCAGCGUCGACAGUUGAUAGGCUUACCGAUGUCAGCAAAUAUACUGGCUCCCACAAACAACGUUUCGACGAGACAGGAAAAGGUAAAGGCAUAGCAGGUCGCAAGGAUGUACCAGACACAUCCGGAUACGUCCAAGGUUACCAACAUAAAGAUACAUAUAAGGCCCAGUAGUACUCGUCUGUGAACGCUCCGAUAAUAAAUAUCUUUAAGGUCAUGUUGUUAAGAUCGUGUCUAAGCGCGGUAUGCACAUUCAAAUCGUCAAGCGCGCUGCUCGUUGUUAGCGGCCUGAAUUUCUUUGUCUGGUAUCGUCAGCGAUCUGAUAUAGAUACCUUGAAUAUCACGUUCACAAAAUUUAUCAUCUUUGAGAUAUAUUAAGAUAGCAAUAUCGUAAGUAAGGAUCUUUGGCAAAAUAUUAACCAUACAUUUGCGGUAUCUUAUUAUGAAACUUUUGUUCUUGAUGUUGAUUUUCCGUAUACAAGUUUUCCGAUAAAAGGCCUGGAAAAAAUAUACUUUUCCUAAGAAUUUAUUUUUCAACUCGUUUUAUUUCUUUUGCACGGUAAUUGUUGUUUUCAGAUAUCUCCAUUGUUCUUUGUUCAACUAUUGAUUGUCACUAGAAUCUAGAUGAUACGAAUAACUACUGUUACUUUGUAGUUUUUUUUACAUCUUCAUUUACUUUAUUAAUAAGGUCUUUUUCGGAGUAGUGGUUAUAUAGCGUAAACUAAAUGCACACAAUCUAUACUUAAAAUCCACGUAGAUAUUAUAUAUAGUAUUGUGUUACAUAAUUUCUUUUGCAUAAUUGAUUAAAAAUCAAUUUUCUGGAGUUUGUAUGAUUAAACGAAAGAAAUAGAUGUGUUGUGUUAUAAAUUUUAUUACGAAAACAUGCUCGUCAUAAUUACAAUUAUAUAACGUAGAAGAAGAGAAUUAUAUCUUUUAUUACAAAUCCUGCGCAAAAACUUGAAUCGUUAAUUUUUGAGGUAGAAUGACGCACACAACUUUUGUAUGUGUAUAUACAAGGUGUUUUCUAAGUAAGUAGACAAACUUAAAGGGGAUAUUUCUUUGCUUAUUUUAAGAAGAAAAGAUCCUAUAAACAUGUGUCCUAAACUGCUUUUUGUUUUCAAAAUACAGGGUAUUUUCUUUUUUUUUUUCAACUUUUUUUCAAAGAUGCACGCUCCUGGUGGGUCUAAUAAUGUUUUAUCUGUACUAGAAAAUGGUUCUUAAUGCCACAUGUACGCAUACCAAAUUUGAAUAAAAUAUCUUUAAACAUUUUCCAGAUUUUCGAAAUUCUUUUUUCACAGCUUUGACAUCGUGGAUUUUUAAAACAAAGCAGUUUAGGACACAUGUUUAUAGGACCUUUUCUUCUUAAAAUAAGCCAAGAAAUAUCUCCUUCAAAUUUGUCUACUUAGGAAACACCCUAUAAACAUAAAUCUCUUCAAUUGAAGAACUAGUCAUGUUUAAUUCUCAACUCUCUGUACUGGUUAUCGGGUUAUUUGUGUAAAAAAUAUGUUUAUCCUUUAAAGAGAUAUAAUAAAUAUAAGUGCAAAAAUCACCUAUCACGCAAGAUAAUAUUGAAGAUGUUGAUAUCGUCUAAGUAGGUAAAAAAAAAUAUUCAACGUAUAAUUGGACAAAUUAUUUUCUACUAUGUAUUUGUCAAAUAUAUAAUAUUUUUCUGUAUUUUAAAUAUAUGAAUUAAAUGUAUAAAAGGAAAAAAGACAUCUCCUACAGCGCUUGAUAACAGUACUUCGUCUACACGGAGUGUACGGCGUUAAAUAUGUUAGCACCAUUAUUUUUAAAUGAUGCAUAUGCACAUUAAACAUAACAUCUAUUGCUAAUCAAAUGAAGUGUACUUACAGUAACUUUAAUCAUUAGUCAGCGCAUUCGCGUUUGGCUUAUUUCAGACCAAAUUUCAUAUUUUAGAUCUUACGGUUAAAUGUCGAUGUAAAAUUCGAUUGUAUUUAUAUCAUUAUUAUCGCGGUCGCAUUUUGUUUCGAUAAUCAUUUUUGAUUUAUAAGAUCUACUUUGAAGAUAUUUUAUAGUUACUAAUAUAAUAACUAAUAAUGAUAAUGAUAAUUUUGCAAUGUGUAUUGGAUGAAAAAUUUUAAUUUUAUAUUAUUUGUAUGAUCUUAUUUUUUUAUGAAUACAAUAUCGCGAAAAAAGGGGCUUUCUAUACGCUCGUGUGCGUUUAACUAAUAAUUUGAACUGUAAUUGCUGUAUUAACGACAUCUAAAACUCUGUGUAAUCGUCUUAUCAUGAUAUAGCGAUAUGGAAGUAAAAAGAUCCAUCUUAAUAAAAAGUUAGUUUAUUUGA